GUGCUGAGCGCCGCCAUCGCCCGCCGGGGCCGCAGCCCCAGAGAACACCGGCUGCCCUCGCGGCCGCCAGUCCCGCGUCCUGCCGGCCAACGGACCACCGUCGAGCCGCUUGGAGCCCAGAAACCACAGCAUGUUCCACCUGCUGCUGCUGCUUGCGGGGCUCUGUGGCCUACCAGCCUCAAGACCAGGUUUUAAAAAUUCAUCUCUACAAAUCAUAAUUCCAGAGAAAAUCCAAACAAAUACAAAGGACACUUCAGAAAUAGAAAACGAACAGAUAUCCUAUAUUCCAAUAGAUGAGAGACCAUAUACUGUACACCUUAGACAAAGAUAUUUUGUAGCAGAUAAUUUUAUGGUUUAUUUAUAUAAUCAAGGAUCUGUGAAUUCUCAGUCUUCAAAUAUUGAGACUCAAUGCUUCUAUCAAGGAAAUAUCGAAGGAUAUCUGAAUUCUGUUGUCACACUCAGCACGUGUUCUGGACUGAGAGGAAUACUGCAAUUUGAAAAUGUGUCUUACGGAAUUGAGCCUCUGGAAUACACAAUUGAAUUUCAGCAUCUUCUUUAUAAAUUAGGGAAAGAAAACAAUGAAUUUCCAAUUUUUACCAACCAUAACAAAAACACAGAAAAAUACCCAAUGGAUUAUAACAUUUUUAUAAGUAAACAAUUGGAAUCAGAUGUUCCAGAUUUAUUUCCUCUUUAUCUAGAAGUACAUAUUGUGGUGGACAAUGCUUUGUAUGAUUACUUGGGCUCUGAUAGCAUGAUAGUAACAAAUAAAGUUGUCGAAAUUGUUGGACUUGUGAAUUCAAUGUUCACCCAAUUUAAAGUUACUGUUGUGCUGUCAUCAUUGGAGUUGUGGUCAGAUGAAAAUAAGAUUUCUACAGCUGGUGAGGCAGAUGAAUUAUUGCAUAGAUUUUUAGAAUGGAAACUGUCUUAUCUCACCCUAAGGCCUCAUGAUAUUGCAUAUUUAUUCAUAUAUAGGGAUUAUCCACAUUAUGUGGGAGCAACAUUUCCUGGGAAAAUGUGUGUUACCCGUUAUUCUGCAGGAAUUGUAUUGUAUCCCAAGGAGUCAACUCUGGAGGCCUUUUCCGUUAUUGUGACCCAGCUUCUGGCACUCAGUCUGGGAAUAUCAUAUGAUGACCCAAAGAAAUGUCAAUGUUCAGAAACCACCUGUAUAAUGAAUCCUGAUGCUAUGAAAUCCAGUGGUGUGAAGAGAUUCAGCAGUUGCAGUUUGAGUGACUUUAAACAUUUUACUUCAAAUGUGGGUGCUAGAUGUCUUCAAAAUAAGCCACCAAUGCAACGGCAACGGGCAUCAGUCUGUGGCAAUAAUAAAGUGGAGGAAGGUGAAGUCUGUGAUUGUGGUACUCCAGAACAAUGUGGACCUGAUAGCUGUUGCGAUCCUCAAAAUUGUGUGCUGAAACAAGGAGCACAGUGUCAUAAAGGAUCAUGUUGCAAAAACUGUCAAAUUGUAAGUGCAGGUGUUGUAUGUAGGCCCCCAGCGCAUGUUGAAUGUGACAUCAGUGAGUUUUGUGAUGGAUCCUCACCAGAAUGUGGUCCUGACAUAACUAUACAAAAUGGAAAUAAAUGCAGUAAUAAUACAUUAAUUUGUUAUAAUGGAGACUGCCCUGAUGCUAAUCAACGUUGUGAGUCUGUAUUUGGAACAGGUUCCAGAAGUGCUCCAUAUUCCUGCUAUGAAGAAAUACAUUCUCAUGGAGACAGCUUUGGGAACUGCGGCUACCGUGGAUCGGGAUAUGUAUUCUGUUUGUGGAAUGGUCUUAUCUGUGGGCGAUUAGUUUGUACCUACCCUGCUCGAACUCCUUUCUAUCCAAAAAUGGGUAAUGUGAUUUAUGCUUUCGUACGAGAUACUGUAUGCGUAUCUAUAGACCACCCGGAGCAUCUACAAGCUCCAGAUCCCUUGAUGUCGAAAGAUGGCACUGUUUGUGAUACUGAAAAGAUUUGUAUAAACAAAAUGUGUAGAGAAUCAAGGUUUAUUAAGAGUGUGUCAGCAACUUGUUCAAAAAAGUGCUCUGGACAUGGAGUGUGCAAUUCCCGGGAGGAAUGCAAUUGUACUGAUGGCUACUUGCCUCCAAAUUGUGAAUUACGUACCAGGGAAUCCACUAUAGUUCCUGAGGGAACAGGUUUAAUCAUGGGAAGAGCUUCAAGAAAUACUAAAAAAACCUGGCUUCUAGGUGUCUACAUUUUUCUUCCUGUUUUCAUUGUAACAACCAUGGUAGCUUUGGCAUGGAAUCUUUUGAAAAGGUGGUUCACCAAGGAAGAGGAAUCCCUAAGUAGCGAAUCCAGAUCAGAAAGCAGCACUGACACAUAUGCCAGCAGAUCCAAAUCACGUGAAGACACCGAAACACCUAGCAAUAGUAACUAGUAAUACCCUCAGAAGGCAAUGGGCACUGAGAAAUGAAAGUUCUGCUUUUGCUCCUGUGGUCACAGCUGAAGGAAACAAUAA